UGAUGAAUAGAUAGAUAAUAGAGCAAAAUAUAUUUAUUUAAUUUAAACAAAAAAUAAGAAAAAGAUAAGUAAUAAACUGAUAUAAUAAUUACCUAUUAUUUUUAGCUAAAUGAUUGCCAACGAACAGAUGGAGUAGAAUUCGAAUCAGUAGUAAGUAUUAACUUGCGUCGAUGAAUAAAAUCACUUAAAGUAAAAGUAAUAAUAAUAAUAAUAAUAAUAAUAAGGGAAUAAGACUGGCUCUGAAACAACAAUAGACGGCAUUGCCAAUAAAGUUUAAUAUUGCAAUAAGUAGGAAUAAAGACAUCGAUCUACAGGAUCAAUUAUAUUUAAAGUAGUAAUAGCAAGUAUAGGUUUUUUUUUCUUCGGCUAUUAGUAAGGAAUUCUGAAUUUGUCGCUCAAAACAUUAGAUGUCAUAUUUGAAAUUUAGGAAGACGAUUAAAAAUUUUAUGAAGGUUUAAUGUCUUGUCUCUCUCCAGUGGGAGCUAUUAUAGGCUGUGUAAUCUCUAUAUACCUAGUAAAAAGUUAUUCCCGUAUUCGCAGCUUCUUUAUAAUUGAUCUUAUCUCUCUUUUAGGAUCCAUAAUAUCUGUUGUUUCUGCAAACGUAUAUGUAUUUAUGCUAGGAAGACUUAUAAGUGGAUUAGGUGUGGGCAUUAACACAGCACUUGUUCCUUAAUAUGUAAACGAAAUAUCACCUUCUGCUUUAAAAGGGAUUACAGGAUGUCUACUAUCUGUGCUCUGUGGGUUAGGAUUAGUCGUGAGUAAUAUUCAGUCGCUAGGAUAUGAGAAUGACCCUAAAUAAAAUGAUGAUCUAGGCAAUUUCUGGAGAUUUGCUUUUGUUUUUCCUGGAGCCUUAACAGUAUUGAGGUCUAUAAUUUUCAUUAUCUUUAUUAAAAACGAUACAGCUUCUUACUUUAUGAUUAAAGGAGAUAGAAAAAGAGCUGAAGCUGUUUUAAAAGAUAUAUAUAAAGAAAAAUACGUAGAAGAAGAAAUUCAAAAUAUUUCAUAGGAAAUAGAGAUGUAGAAGUAAGGAUUAAAAUAUUGGAAAGAUUUACUUUCACGAUAAUAUUUUAAUAGAGUUAAAGUAGGAGUUUUUCUUUAAUUCUUGCAACAAUUUAGUGGAAUAAAUGUGGUAGUCUUUUAUUCAGGAAAAAUUUUUGAAGAAAUAGUUGAUGAUUCAUCUAUUGUAUUUGUGUUAGCAUUAAUGACAAAUGUUCUUCAGUUAGUUUGUGCAUUCCUUUCUGCUUAUUUUAGUACUAGGUAUGGGCGUCGAAGCUUGCUUUUGAAUGGUGACAUUGCUUGUUUCUUUUUUUUGUUAGUGUUUGGUAUAGUUUCUCUAAUUAAAAAUUAUGGUGCAGCUAGUGGUGAUGUAACUAAUCCUAUUGUGAUUAUAUGCGUUUUUGGUUACAUGUUUUCAUUCGGUAUAUCACUAGGACCUAUUGUAUGGGCAUAUAACUCUGAGAUUCUUCCUGAAAAAGGCCUUUCAGUAGCAACAAUAACAAAUUGGUCAAGCUCAAUAAUAAUAAUUUUCUUUUUUCCUAUGGCUAUUAAUAUAAUGCCUGUAGGAUAUAUUUUCUUCUUUUUUUCAUUUUGGUGCUUUAUAGGAAUGAUUUUUAUUAAGGUUUACGUUUUCGAGACAAAAAACCUUACUCCUUAAGAAAUUGAAAUGAUCUACAAUCCAAACAAUUAAAAAAAACAAGAGCAAAAGGAAAUAAAUAGUAAUUGAAAAAUGAACUAUCACCAAAUAAAAAUAAUUUUUUUGUUUGCUUUUAAAAUUAAUAAUUUUAGGAAAUUUAAAAUAAAUACUUUGAGUUAAUGUUUGUGUUUAGAAAAUUUAAAAAAUAUUAAUAAAAGAAUUUAAUCUUUAUUUUUAAAUUAAUUUAUUUAAUUUUUAAUCUAUUUUUAUACAAAAAUUGUUU